AUGUUAGGCUCCUGUCUGCUUUUUAACAGGAGGCAUUUGACCUGUGUGUUUGCAUGUUGCCAGCCUUUUCUUGGACGUGACUGUUUCAGGCUCCGGACUAAUUUCUGUGCUCUCAGAGAACUGCCUGCCAGAUGGAUAUCAGCUUACAGAAAAGUUGCCCCUGUCUUCACCAGAGCAUUAGCCUUUGGAGAAAAGGUAGCCAUCAUUGACCAAAGAGGAGAACACACCUACAAAGAUUUGUACGCUCGAAGUCUUUGCCUCUCCCAGAAAAUCUGCAAGGCCCUUGGAAACUCAGAGGGUGACCUGAAGGGCAAACGGAUCUCCUUUUUAUGCCCCAACGAUGCUUCCUAUGUCGUGGCCCAGUGGGCUACCUGGAUGAGUGGAGGUAUUGCUGUGCCUCUGUACAGGAAGCAUCCUGUGUCAGAACUGGAGUACUUCAUCCAGGACUCUCAGAGUGCCCUUCUGCUCGCUGAGGAAGGGUUGGAGGAGAAAAUGACCCCUACAGCUGAGAAACUGGGAGUGCCUCUACUCUCACUUCCCCGGUCUGGGAAGGGGGAAGGGAGAACGGAUGGAUCUGCUGGAGAUGCCGGUUGCCCCAUUUCGGAGUGGGAGGAGAGAGGGGCCAUGAUCAUCUACACCAGUGGGACCACGGGAAGGCCCAAGGGGGUCCUAAGCAGCCACCAGAAUGUCCACGCUAUGAUAACCGGGCUGGUCGAGAAAUGGGCCUGGACAAGCGACGAUGUCAUUCUCCACGUCCUGCCCUUGCAUCACGUCCACGGGGUGGUCAACAAACUGCUGUGCCCCCUCUGGGUGGGGGCCACCUGCAUCAUGCUGCCCGAGUUCAGUGCAGAAAGGGUCUGGGAAGCCCUGCUGAGCCUCCAGCCCCCCCGGGUCAACGUCUUCAUGGCAGUGCCAACCAUCUACAGCAAACUGAUCGCCUAUUACGUGGAGCAUUUCUCUCAGCCACGGGUCCAGGACUUCAUCCGCGCCGUGUGCCAGGAUCAUAUCCGGUUGAUGGUCUCGGGGUCCUCGGCCCUCCCGGUGCCCAUCCUGGAAAAAUGGAAGAGCCUCACGGGGCACGUUCUCCUGGAGAGAUACGGGAUGACGGAGAUUGGGAUGGCCCUUUCCAACCCACUGCACGGGCCUCGCGUUCCAGGAUCGGUCGGGACUCCGCUGCCCGGGGUUAAGGUGCGCGUGGCCACUGGAAGCUGGACCAAGGAUGAUUCCGCGUUCUGCAUCCACGCUGAAGGGGACGAGAUGGGCACAAUGGUGACUCCGGGCUUCGAUGCCAAAGAAGGGGAGCUCUUUGUGAAAGGACCCACGGUGUUCCGGGAAUAUUGGAACAGACCUGUGGAGACCCAGGACGCCUUUACUUCCGAUGGCUGGUUCAAGACAGGGGACACCGCUGUGUAUCAGGAAGGCAGCUACUGGAUCAGGGGACGCACCUCGGUGGACAUCAUCAAGAGUGGAGGUUACAAGAUCAGCGCCCUGGAAGUGGAGCGCCACCUGCUGGCCCACCCCAGCAUUGCAGAUGUUGCCGUGAUCGGUGCCCCGGACCUUGUCUGGGGUCAGAAGGUCAGCGCAGUGGUGGAACUCCGCAAGAGCCAGGAAUUGUCUCUCCAGACCCUCAAGAAAUGGGCCAGGGAGACCAUGCCCUCUUACACCAUCCCUUCUGAGCUGCUCCUGGUGGAGGAAAUUCCCCGCAACCAGAUGGGCAAGGUGGAUAAGAAGCAGCUGCUCAAACAAUUCUACAGCACCUUGUGAAAGCCUCUGCCUCGGCCCGAUGGAGCGCGGGUCUCUGUGGCCGAAGAGCAGGACUGGACGCCCUUCCUUCAAAGCCGGACCCUGAUCCUUGGGGGUUGACUUGCCUUUAGCUCGUCACCCGGAAGACCGAACAGGGCCUGGGCUCAUUAGCGGCAGAGGAGGCCUUGCUCCGCUGCUCCGCUCCUCCUGCGCUGGCCUACCAGGAACACGAGGUCUGCUGGCGGAUGGGGAAGAGGCCCUGGCGUGGCCUGUGGCCCUGCGGGAGGCGGACAGAAGCCACGGCCUCCCUUGGCUCAGCCAGAGUGCAGGAAGGCCACGAACACAGCACAGGUGCCUCCUCCCUCCUGAUGCCCCUCCCAAAGAUGGGGAAACGUGGGCCCGAAACCUCCCCUCCCCUCUGAGGAAGGGGGAGUCCCUCCCCCAAGCGCGCCUGCGGAGCCAAGGAAUCCAACGCGGGAUUGUGCGUGUCGGGAAGGCAAGCCGCUCAAAACGGAAGUCACGUCCAUUCAGGUCACCUCCCCCCCUUUUCCACGCUCCUCCUGCGCAGCUCCGGCUUUUUAAAAAUCCACAUUAAAUUAAUAUUCUCAUUUCUGUCCCUGAAUGUAUUU